UUCCUACCGAAACAACUCUUUAAUGUCGUUAGAUGCGAAUUUAGUUCUCAACAAGAAUACAUGCUUUAAUAAUAGAAAUAAAUGAGCAUUACGAACAUUAGAAAUUUUUUUUUGGGAAUAAUCUAAUUAGUACGAAAGCAAUUAAUAAGGUUUCAUCGACAAAAUGACAAAGAGCAAAGAAAUCAGUUGAAAAUGUAAUAAGUGGAGGUGAUUCUGCAAUAUAUUUAAGAAAUUUUGUAAUCAUACACGUAAAAUGUUUUUGUUCCAUAAAAAUGACUUUUGCAAAAUUCUUCAAAAAUUUCUAGUCAAUAAAAUGUCACCAAGACCAUCAUUAAUACCAGAUUUAGUGGAAAAUUCACCAGCACAAUCAAACAAUACAGAUAUAUUAGAGAAAGACAAUGAAAGUGGUUCUAAUAUAAGUUCGGAGAAAAAUGAAGGAAAAACAACAAAUAGAGCAGGGUCGUGUAGAGUGUGCUUAAAGUCUUUUAAAGCUGAGGAUUUUAGCAAGACUUGUUUUGAAUGCAAAUAUCGUGUCUGCGAAGAUUGCGCAAGUUACAGUAAAAUUGAUAGUUCCGAAGAUUUGAAUACAUGGCGUUGCAGUGUCUGUCGUCGUAAGAUGUCGUCACGAGUAUGUAUUCCGCAAGACUCAACAGACUCUAAUUUGGAUGUGCCUGUUUUGGAAGCUUUACAGAGACGACAUUCUGAUGUUAAACUCAAUGCUUCGAAUAGUCAAGCUGGUUUAAUUCCACCGCGAAGUCCAGACUUAAGAAGACAUAGUGAUGUAUCUCCAGCAUCAUUUAGAGAACUGGAAAAAUUCACUAGCAGUACUAAAACUAAUAGUAGUAAUAAUAAUUUAAAUAAUAACGACACUGAUUGGGAUCUAAUAAGAACUAUGGUGCCAGAUCGAAUAGAAAUUGAACCACCGACACGCAUGAACUCAAGAAGGCAAUCACGUGUAUCUAGACAACAUUCCUAUGAUGAUGAUCUUCAGAAAAAUGCAAUUUCUAAUAGUUUAGUAACUGAAGAUUUGUGUUUGCCUGUAGCUGGUCAAAUACCGAGAAGAAAAUCGGCAUAUGAUGUUUUUGGGGGUGUUCAGCCUAAUCAGCAACAAAUUUUAUUACAAUCAGCUGAGACCGAUAAACCACCAAGUUCUCGUCGUUCAUCAUUUCGAAUACCUGUUGAUGAUGAUCAAGAUGAUUCUCCAAGUUCAGACAAUGGCCCGACUUUGUUGAUUGAUGAUGAUAGACGCAUUAGAAGACGUGGAUCACAACUUCCUGAUAUUUCGGCUCUGCGAGAACGUGGAAUUCUAGGAGUCAAUCCUCAAGCUGCUACCCUUUCUGUAAAUCCAGUAAAUCCAUACCAAGGACCAGCCUUAGAAGAUUUAGAAGCUCCAAAGAAGCAAACCUCACUUGAUGGAGAGGCAAUAAAAAUUGUAAUCCACGACUUUGACUCUGGUCCACCAUGUGCAUCAAAAAGAAGAGUUGUUCUUAGAAGAGAUCCAUCUGAUAAAGCCCAUAGAACAAGAGGAUUUGGAAUGCGAGUUGUUGGUGGUAAAACGGGAACGGAUGGAAGACUUUUUGCCUAUAUUGUCUGGACAGUCCCAGGAGGGGAAGCAGAAAAAGGCGGACUUCGUCAAGGAGAUAAAAUAUUGGAGUGGUGUAACGUUUCUUUAGUGGAUAGAAGUUUUGAGGAAGUUUGUUCCAUUAUGGAUCGCACUGGUGAUAUUGCAGAACUACUAGUCGAACAUGCUUCAGACUUUAGAAUGUGUGAUUUACUUGAAGACAAUCCAUUACAAUCGAAUCCAGCUCCUGCGCCAAAUAUUAAUGUGCGAAAAAAUAGUGAGAUGGUUACUUUAGUUGCAGAAACAGAGAAUAAUGAUAAAUCACCAGCGUCACCAACAAGAAGGAAGCUUCCAAAAACUCCGGUAUAAUUUCAAAUAUUAAUAAUUUUGUUCACAACAGUUUGUGAUGUUUACAAAAUACACAUAGCCGCUAUACUCUUGAAAUAUAUUGAUUUCAUCAAACAAGAAUGUACGUAAUCUCUUUUUGACAACAUAUCACAAAACUGACUUAAUACAAGAUACAACGAAGAAUUUUUUUAAAAUUGAGAAUGUUCGGCCUAUACUUAUUUUCAUCAUAAAUUUGAUAUUAAACUAACAAACACAUUUUACCAGUUGAGGAGCAUUUGCAAAACUCAGAACGUAUCAAAAAGAGAUUAUGCGCUACUUAUGAUUUUAAAAACGGACUCCUACAAAAAUUUAUUUUCACACUUAAAGAUUUUUUAACUCGCAUUUUUAAUUUUUAAAACCAAAAAGUAAAAUGUUUAUUUUUACACGAGUUACUUACACUAUUGAGAAACAUUUCCAAAAUAUUGAACCAUUAUAGCCAAAAUAUUAAACAGGACAAUCAAUUAACCUUUCAUAUUGAAUUUGAG